CCAAUCGCGCAUAUUUACCGAAUAAAUUUAGUCUGACAGCUGUUUACGUUUCUUAAAAGAUUAUAAAAAAAAGGACAUAUUUAUUAUUGUUUUAAAUUAAAAUCAUAGUUUAAUAUACCACGUAUCACAUUCAAUAUUUAACUAACAUUUUUGACAUUUGUAGGAUUUCGUCAUGGGUGAUCAAAAAACAGUUGAUUUGCUGUGGAACUGUGCCUCCAAACUAACCGACCAAGCCCACACAGUACGGAUUCUCAAAUCUUAUUACAUAACCACCUGCAAGAAACUGGCCCGGCACAAUGUCCAGUUGCCCGAUGACAGCUUUGGAUCCGCACGCAUGUGCUCCCGCUGCGGGAACCAGUGGACGGAUGGUCGCUACCAACUCCACCUCCAGCCACAAGAACUGAAGCAAAGUGCCAAAAACCGGAGACUUAUUGCACGGCUAGAAGCCGUGAAUAGCAAGCUAGCAAAGGGCGAGAUGACAAGCGGAGCCAGGAAACGGGGCAAGUGGCUGAAAAAGCGAAUGGCCAGCAAAAUGGCCGUGGACUGUGACGUUUGCCAUCACAAGACGAUGUUGGAUUUGGAGAAGGGUCGAAAACGCGCCAAAGUUAAAGACACGGAGAGGACAAUGGCAGCCACACAACUUGCGCCAGCGGUCCAAAAUGAUAAGAAAGCUAAAAGGAAGAAGUCUCAGGCGCCGAAUAAAGAUAUUAAUGCAGGCCUGAAAAUUCGGCUGCAGCAAAAAGCACCGCAGCAACAGCCUCCCAAAUCGUCAGCGCCGUCUAAAAAGGCAUCCCAACCAGUCGGAAUAGUUGCCCAAAACCCAAGUCAGACGUCGAAUAAGAAAAAGAAGAAGCCAGCCGCACCCAAAACUCAGUCCAAAACCCAGAAACAGAACGUACUAUUGCAACUAGCCGCCCAGCUAAAGUCGAACGCGUUUAAAGACGCCAGCAAAUCGCAGCACAACCGCCUGCAAGAGUUCCUCAAGUAGCGGCGUAAACAGCCCCGGCCAUGCAUUAAAGUACAAAGAAUGAAAAUACUUGUUAUGGCACAUAAUUAAGCGUUAGCACAAUACUAGAAACAGACUCUUUGUGCCGCUUGAUAAAGGCAGCCAAGGUGGGAACCUGUUAUCCAGUCGCCCGGUCUUCUGGGUCGAAACACGCAACGGGCAUGCACUUAUCACAGCUUCCCGAGACAAGACCAGGCGGGGGGAUUCAAGGUUGUCCAGAUAUUGCGCAGCCAACCUGGUCAGCAUGCUUAAUUUAUUUCUCGGAGCGCAACGUUUAAUUAAAAUUGAGUUGUUUGCCACAGUGUCCUAUGUACGCGUCCUUCAAAGCUGCCCCCAAAAAGGGCAGCCGAUCGGCUCUGGACAGCCUGCUUUAUCUGCCGCGGAUAGCAAAGAGCACACGCACAGGAGAAGUCUCCAGUCUCGGAUUGUCUUCGUCUUCGACCCAUGCCUCUACUUCUCCCCUUCUGCGCGGAAGACUCAGAUUUCUCGGCAGCUGCGGCAACAACAUCUGUCUGCCACGUUAGAAGAUUUCUGGUUCCACAGACUAGCCUCUGGGCACGAACUUCUUGUGUCAUAUUCAGAGUGAGCAAAAGGAAGUUUAGUUUACAUAAAUGAUGUAAUUUUUAAGAAUUGCUUGUCUACAUUAAGAAAAGUUAUAAUAUA